GAGAGUUCUGAACUUAUGUAACAAGAAGUGGAGGUAGGAUACGAAUGUGAAGCUGGGUUGGAAACUCUAAACCAAAGCAGGAGAGAAAAAACAUUGCCUGCUUGGACAGAGACAAGAAGAGACUGAGAAGACUGGCCAAACAGGACACAACUGAAUUCCAUUCAACAUGGAAAUUCACGAGAGUUGUGUUUCCGAGGACGUACUGCUCUCGACCUUCGCCUCUCAGGAGUCCGUACCCGUACGGGAGUUGCAGCGAUGAGACAAGACUGUAACUUCCGCUAUUGGUUUGCGGUGGAGAUCAGAGAAAUUAAGAAGUUUAUUCAGCGUGCACAAAGUAACCAGGCCUGCAAAGCCCGUUAAGCACCUGCAUAAGAUGGAGCUGCCACCUCGACCAAAACUCUUUGACUUCCAUGGAGUCUCCAUGAUCCACCAUUUCACUGACAACUGGGAGAACAUACGAAACUUCCAGGCCAGGCCAGAUGAUAUCCUCAUCGCCACUUACCCCAAAGCAGGUACCACAUGGGUGUCCUACAUUCUAGACCUGCUGUAUUUUGGUCAGACAGCCCCUGAGCGUCAGACUUCACUGCCUAUCUAUGAGAGGGUGCCUUUCCUGGAAUGUGACUUCCAUAUUCUCCCUCCAGGAACAGAGCUGGCAGACAAGUUAUCCACCUCUCCUCGCCUCAUCAAGACUCACCUCCCAGUCCAGUUGGUACCCAAGUCCUUCUGGGAGCAGAACUGCAGGAUAGUGUAUGUGGCCCGUAAUGCCAAGGACAAUGCAGUGUCUUAUUUCCACUUUGACCGUAUGAACCAGGCCCAUCCAGAGCCAGGCGACUGGAACAACUACUUACAGAGAUUCAUGGAUGGAAAGAUGGUGUUUGGUUCCUGGUACGACCAUGUAACUGGCUGGUGGGAGAGGAAACAGACUCACUCAAAACUCCACUACAUUUUCUAUGAGGAUAUGGUUGAGGAUACGAGGAGAGAGCUGGACAGGCUGUGCUCCUUCCUAGGUUUGUCUCCUUCAGCAGAAGAGAAGGAGAGGGUGAGCGGCAGAGUGCAGUUUGAUACUAUGAAGAAGAACAGCAUGGCCAACUAUUCCACCCUCUCAAUCAUGGAUAUCAAGAUCUCUCCAUUCAUGCGAAAAGGAAAGGUUGGUGACUGGAAGAACCAUUUCACUGUGGCCCAGAGUGAACAGUUUGAUGAAGACUAUAAGAAGAAGAUGAACACCACCGUACAGUUCCGCACUGUAGUCUAGGGGUUGUGAUCAGGUUGACUGGUGCAUAUGCAUCUCAGCUCUGCUGGAGUCAUGGUGCUGAAAUGUACAAUAUGCUGACACUAUCUCUACUGUAUAAAUAAGAGCUAAUGAUGUGUUAGUGUUAAAAGUUGUGGAUGUUUUUUAUAUGCUUUUGUAUGUGUGCAUGUCACAGAAUAUUGUGGAAUUCAACUAAAGAAAAAUAGCAGUGCAAAUAUCACAUCUUUUAAAGCUGCCUUCAAAUUCAUACAGGUGAUUACAUGAAGAAAUUAGAAACGCCUACUAAUCACAAAGCUAUAAUUCUGAUUUAAAGUGUGACACAUAACCUAGAGACCUUUUGGUUAUAACCAGCAUGUUAGACAUUGUCAAGCUCUCCAGCUACUCUAAGCCUUUUGUUCCUGGAGGCUGUUGCCAUAGUGAUUACCAAAACAAUUACAAGUGCAAUGAGGAAUACAAAGGCUUCGCCCACUGACAUUGUAGAUGAUUCAGGAUCAUUUGGCAUCUUAGAUGAUGCUGGAUUAAAUUCUGUUAGAUUCUCAGGCAUCAUCCAUGGUCCAGCUCUUUCACUCAUCACUGCCACAAUUUGUGUCCAUCAUGCUCACUGAUGGGUGUGGCAAUUGGAUUGACAACUGUGACCCUGAGAACCCAACCGAUUGAGUACAACACAGAACCUGGCACCCAUUGCUAAUAGCAGCGAGGUGCUGGCUGAACUGUGGGGUACAGCGCUUUUGUCCCUCUGCAAAUUGACUGACUUGCAGCUGAAAAAUCUCCCAAAUGGUACUGAAAAUGUAACAGUCUUAUUACUGCUUUGGCAAAUCUUCAGGCCGUUGGACAGCAACUUCAGAGGGGACACGUUUGGGGGCAGCAAACCUGGCUUUGGUUUGGGGAUUUGGAAGAGAUGGGCUGAAAAGCCCUCUAAAGAGGGUUGUAAGAGGGCUGAUAAAUACUAUACAUGCCAGGCUCUCUUGGCUAAGAGUUUAGGAGAGACUGACUGCAUCACUUAUCUUCAUAAAGUCCAAAUUCCAAAUUGUUUGCAUAGUCGAAUUACAUACAGAGCUGACACACACACUUUUCACAGUCCACAGAUCCAGAACAAAUUCAAGAAAGCGUACAGUAUUACAUAGAGCCUUUAUUGCAUGGAACUACAUUCCAUCUCAUAUUGCUCAAAUAAUCCACAAACCUGGUUUCAAAAAACAGAUAAAGCAACACCUCACAGCACAAUGCCUCACCACUCUUUGACCUAGAUCAGGGCUGCCCAACCCUCUUCCUGGAAAUCUUAUAACGGAUCUCAUCCUCCUCUUCUGAGGAGGAGUAGCGAGAAGGAUCGGAGGACCAAUGCGCAGCGUGGUAAGUGUCCAUAAUGUUUAUUCAAAACACAAAAGAACAUUGGAACAAAACAAUAAACGUGAAUAAAUGAAACAGUCCUGUGUGGCAACAAGCACUGACACGGAAGACAAACACCCACAACUCAAAAGUGAAACCAGGCUACCUAAGUAUGAUUCUCAAUCAGGGACAACGAUUGACAGCUGCCUCUGAUUGAGAACCAUACUAGGUCCGAACACAGAAAUCCCAAAUGAUAGAAAAACGAACAUAGACAACCCACCCAACUCACGCCCUGACCAUACUAAAACAAAGACAUAACAAAGGAACUAAGGUCAGAACGUGACAGAACUACUGUCCAACCCUAAUUUAGCAAUUCUGAUUCAGUUAGCUAAGGUCUUGUUGAGCAGCUAAUUAGUAGAAUCAAGUGUGUUAAAUUAGGGUUGGACUGAAAACCCACAGAACGGUAGAUCUCCAGGAAGAGGGUUGGGCAGCCCUGACUUAGAUAGUUUGUGCGUAUGCAUUGAUAUGUAGGCUGUGUGAUUUUAAUAAUGUUUUACAUAGUUCUGUCCUCUGUAUUAUAUCAUGUUUUCUGUGGACCCCAGGAAGAGUAGCUGCUGCUUUUCCAACAGCUAAUGGGGAUCCGAAUAAAAUACCAAAUAAUACACUCA